ACGUUUUCAUUUGGUUCGUUCGCUCCCGUCGACGGCGUGUGGUGUUUCGGCUUUGUGGUGUGUGCCUGUCGUGUGCUGAACUGUGUGCUAAAGUGUGAAAUUUAAAGGUGAUUUCUGAAGAGUGAUCUAAAAGGACGAAACCAGUAAGGACUCAAACAUACAAAACAAGUGAAAUGAAGUGAGGAAUAUUGUGUAAAUACAAUAUUUCCGUCAUCACAUCGAUGUAAUAGGUUGAUCUUCAGCAUUAAUGAAUGAUCAUAAACGACAAAACACUUUCCUUUAUCUCCCAGCUGUGUUCGAGUACGCGGAAAUAUAGCGUGUGUGGAAAAAAUCGGAACCAUCUUCAUCUCUUUUUUUAACUAACUACAUCACGGUGCCCUCAUUAAGUGCGAGUGUGUAAUCUUAAUUACUAAAACGGCAACAUAUCCGUAAACGAACUCAUCAACUUUUUUGCGCGUGUGUGUACAACGGGAACAAGAGCGUGUGUUGUGUGCAUCGAAAUAACGGAUUAUUGCAUAAAUUUAAGCAAAAUAAAAACAAGCCUAGAGGAGUGGUAGCAAAAAAACAGUAUCGUAAAGAAGCGCAUCACACCGAGGGCCGGAAAGUAAUGCAAUAGUUCAGAGAAACGGGGGAAAAAAACACGAAGAAGCCAUCACAUCACAUCAGCGGUCUUAUAAGCCAUACUAAUCAAAACAAAUCAGACGCCAAAUCUAUUGUCUACUUGGGCAAGGAAUUGGGGAAGGAGAAGGCACACAGCUUCCGGUGCUAGGCUACAGUUCCUUGUGUUUAUUUUUUUUGUCAGAGAAAGAGAGUGAAAAGCGCACUUGAAAUCGGUUUCGGUUUCUGUUUGUGUGGCGCGUGUAGCGAACGAAAGAGUACGAAAGACUUGUGCGGGCAGACGGAUAAGCGACGAACCCAGGCGAACGGAUCCAGCAACAAAAUAAAAAGAUGGCAAGCAGCAUGUGGAAGUACACGGUGCUAGUGGUGGCGUUUGGAGUGUUCCUGUACAACAGCCACGAAACGUACGGUCAAAUCUUUGGAUACGAACCGAACGUUGACUAUCCAGCGUACGAUAAGAUCCCGUCCGGCUUGACGUUCCGGUGUGCGGACCGGCAGCCCGGCUACUACGCCGACAUUGAGACGCGGUGCCAGGUGUGGCACUGGUGCCUGCCGACCGGCUACAUGUUCUCCUUCCUCUGCCCCAACGGAACCGUGUUCAAUCAAGCGUACCGUGUUUGCGAUUGGUGGACAAACGUCAACUGCCCCGAGUCGGAAGCGAUGUACAGCAUUAACGACGAUCUGUACCGGGACGUGGAAGGCAAUCUGAUCGUGGGGUAGAUGGUGCACUGUGCGGUGUAGUGUUUCUUACCUGUAAGUACUCAACAGUCUGUGCCGAUCCUACUAGCAGGCACCAUUGCUGUUGAGAUAGAGCCGUCCAAAAACUGGUGCAUCCCGUCCCGUGAUGCAACGUGAGAUUCCUGUUUAAUGUUUCGUUUUUUUAUUAUUUUGUAAAUAUAAUUUAUACACACUGUGAACAGAAUAAAUACAUAAUUCUGAGAAAAAUCUA